AUGGGUGAUGCAAGCAUCAGUGUCACAACACCCACUCCACAGCUACAGAUGGUCAUCUCUACAGAAGUAUCCCAAAGAAACAAACUUCUCUUGGCCCCCACAGCUGCCCAAGCCACACUAGCAGCACAAUUCCCAUUACCCGGGAGCGGGGCUGCACCGCUGGGAAAGGACAAACAGGUCCUGAGACAACAUGAAGCAGCAGCUUGCAGGAAGGCACUGAGGACAGCCUGCACUUCUGGGAAAUCGGCAGACAGUCCCUUUCACCAAGCUACCAGCCAGAGGAGCGAGGAAGGCGGCGGCUCAAGUGUCCCCACAGCGGGAUUCACCAUGGUACCAAGUGAGCACGUAGGCCAUGGAACGGCUCUGCUGUGCUGCAGGUACACGGGGUGCCUGCUCUGUGCACUCACCAUCCUGGAGGUUGUCGGGACCUUGGGACUGAUGAUCUAUGCACUGCUGGUGGAAGCAGGGAACCUGGUCAACCUCCCUAACAAACGUAUUGGCUUUUACAACUUCUGCCUGUGGAAUGAGACAGCCAGGGAGCUGCAGUGCCUGCAACCCUACCAUCUGCAGGCCAUGGGCAUCAGCUGGCUGGGAAUGGCACUGGCAAGGGUUUGCGUCUACAUCUGCCCGGUCAUCAGCUUCUUCUACCCCCUUUUCCUUGCAAAUAUGAGGUGCGUAGACAAGGUAAAGGGCUGGAGGGUAUUGCUCAUCAUACUUGUCAUCAAAAUGUUACUCCUGUCUGGAGGCCUGGGUAUAUUUCUCCUACAAACCUCACCGUGGAUUAACCCCUCUGAUUUCACCGGGGGAUUUCUGGCACUGGUUGGGACUCUGGCUCUGAUUCUGCUCCAGAUUCUCACUGUCAUUAUGUACACCAUCUGGGCCAACCACACCAACUCACGUCAAAGCCCUUUCACUGAGGAGGCCUUGCCCAUUAAAAUUUGGAAAUGAAGAUGUGAGAUGAUGUGAUUUAGAGCAGUAAUCAUGCUACAGCUUUAAUCACUGGCAAGCUCCUUUGUCCAAGUGCUCACAUCCAGUGCCCUGGUUUCAGCAGGGACAGAGUUGAUUUUCUUCACUGUCUGCUAUGAUGCUGUUUUGGCUUUGAGAUAAAAAAAAAAAAAAACUGAUAACAUAGCAAUGUUUCGGUUGUUGCUGAGCAGUGCUGUGCAGACUUAAGGAUGUUUCAGCUUCUCAUCUUCUCAUGCUGCCCUGCCAGCAAGGGGGACUGAGGGGACACAAGGAGCUGGGAGUGAACAGAACUAGGACAGCUGCCCUAAACUGGCCAAAGGGUUAUCACAUACUAUAAAAUCCUGUGGAAAACUUCUAAAAACAUUUCAGUUUCUCAAGUACGGGUGCAUCAUUUGCAGCCAGAACUUGGGAAAGCUUGCCAAAGAGGGUGUGGAAUACAUCAGAGGACAGAUUGUCCUAACCAUUCUGUGCAAGCCUAGGCAAGUUGCCCUGCUGCAAGAGAGGCCUACAUGACCAGCGUGAUAAGGGACAGGGGUGGCUACAACCUCCAGCUAAACUGGAGGAUGAAUAGAUACAGAUGUGCUUUGCAUCUUGUGAUAAGUAUUGUAGUGGGAUAUAAACAAACAUUUAACUGAUGACUUGCUGUUGUUUCACCUUAAUUUAACCCAAGGGAACUUCAAAACCUCAGCAACUCUGAUCUGUUCAGGUAACGACACAUGACAACAUGUGAAAAAACUUAAAAACUGAAGCAGGAAGAUGGCCAGGGGGACAGCUGCUGCUUGGGGACUGCCUGGGCAGUGGUCACCAGGAAGAAAGGAAUUGCACUGUACAUAACUUGUUUUGUAAAUACGUAUUACUGUCAUUACUAUUAUUUUCCUUUCAUUUUCUGUCUUAGUAAAUAAUUUUUUUUUUGUAUCA